AGCAUAAACAUCUAGUGUCAGUACCCUCCACGCUGCUCCAACAACUUGGCAGCUUUGGCGAUUUUCUGAUACCCGUACCUUCAGAUAAAAAAUCUUGUGAAGCAUGCGCGCAUAGAAAGCAAAAAUGUUCACAAGAGUGUCCGUUUGCUCCAUUCUUUCCCUCAAAUAGAGCGGAGGAUUUCAAAAUUGUAUCAAAUGUUUUUGGUGCAGCUAACUUUAUAAAGCUGAUAAACCUAGCUGACCCCAAACAACAUUUGGCGGCUGAGACAAUGAUAAUCGAAGCAAUAGCUAGAGUAUCUAAUCCUGUUCAUGGGCUAGCAGGUAUUGCUGAGACCCUUUCUCAGCAAUUAGAGGACCUUACUUCUGAACUUACUGCAGUUAAUCAGCAAAACAAACAUAAUCUGCACCGAAUUAUAAUUCUACAACAAAAAUUAGUUGAAGAACCACAAAAUCGGCCAAUUUCUCCAAAUGGAGCUUCUUCAUCAGCGCGAGUGGUACUACCACCUCUGACACUACAAGAUCUUGAUAACUACUACAAUUGGCUAUCACCGGUUGUUGUAGAGCCUACUACUGCUUCAUCAUCUUAUUAUACUAAUCAGAUGAGAGAUAUUAAGGCUAAACUGAAGUCUGACAUGGAUGCAAAAGAAUCGACAGUGGAUCCAAAUCUUUGUAGCGGUGGGGCUAUCCUCAAGUGUUCCAACAAUUAUGAUGAUGCAAAGCCAACUAGUAUUGCUGCUUCGUCAUCCUUUUAUACUAAUCAGCUGAGAUAUAUUCAGGAAGCGCUCAUGUAUGACAAGGUUGCAAAAGAAUCGACAGUGAAUCCGAAUUUGUAUAGCAGUGGAGCUAUCCUCAAGUGUUCCAAUCAUUCUGAUGACGUAAAGCCAACUAGUACUGCUGCUUCGUCAUCUUUUUAUACUAAUCAGCUGAGAUACAUUCCGGAAGCGCUGAAGUCUGACAUGGAUGCAAAAGAAUCGACAACGAAUCCAAAUCUGUGUAGUAGUGGUGUUUUCAUCAAGAGCUCUGAAAAUGUUGACGACCUAAAGCCUACUGCUGCAUCAUUAUCCGUUCAUACUUAUCAGCUAGGAGAUAAUCAGGCCGAACUGAAGGAUCACAUGGAUGCCAAAGAAUUGUCAUUGAAUUUGACUCUGUGUAGCAGUGGAACUAUCUCCAAGUGCUCCCAUAAUGAUGGUGACUUUACUAAGGAGUGCAUUCAGGAUAACAAGGACAUAACUGGGAAAGGCACCCCUCCUAUUAAGGAAGAACCGAGGUUUAUAUGAAGUCUUAGCUUCUAGUGGCGGCGGAAAAGAGGACCUAUGCUAAAAGGAAGAAUAGCUUCUCAUGGAAGAAUAAUGAAUAAGAAUCAGAAAGAGAUAGGUUUAUGUUUAGGUGGUUUGCUGGUUGUUUAUUUAGGGUGUUUCCUGGUCUUGUUGGCUUCGGCCUUUGUUUUUUAUCUUUUGUCUUUUUGAGUUUUGUAGGUGAGUCUUUCCUCAUAUGUGCACUAUUC